AUGCGGGAUAGCUCAGUGAAAAAUAAUUCCCAGAAACUGGUUUCUAGCAAAACUUCAAAGUUCACACAAAGUUCACCUCCUGGAGCAUGUUUAUCUCGUACUUGUUGCUUUGUUCCUUACCGAGGGGCCCUGUUAAGGAGUGCUCUGCCAGCAGAUAAGGACCUUGCAUUUUCCUAUUUCAUAAAAUAUGAAUCUUUUCUUUUUGUUUUUUAUAGUUUGGUGGCCACAAAGGAGACUGACAGUGCAAGAUCACGCAGUACACCAAUGUCACCAUCUGACUUUCUGGAUAAACUAAUGGGCAGGACAUCGGGCUAUGAUGCAAGAAUCAGACCCAAUUUUAAAGGCCCUCCAGUUAAUGUCACAUGCAACAUAUUCAUAAAUAGCUUUGGAUCCAUUGCAGAGACAACAAUGGAUUACAGAGUGAACAUCUUCCUCCGUCAGAAGUGGAAUGAUCCGCGCCUUGCAUAUAGUGAAUAUCCUGAUGAUUCUCUAGACUUAGAUCCAUCCAUGUUGGAUUCCAUUUGGAAACCUGACCUUUUCUUUGCUAAUGAAAAAGGUGCCAACUUUCAUGAGGUUACUACAGACAACAAAUUGCUAAGAAUUUUCAAAAAUGGCAAUGUGCUGUAUUCAAUCAGAUUGACAUUAAUACUCUCCUGUCCAAUGGAUCUCAAAAAUUUUCCUAUGGAUGUACAAACAUGUAUAAUGCAACUAGAAAGCUUUGGAUAUACCAUGAAUGAUCUCAUCUUUCAAUGGCAAGAUGAGGCACCAGUACAAGUAGCAGAGGGACUCACUUUACCCCAGUUUGUUUUAAAAGAAGAGAAAGACUUACGGUACUGCACCAAACACUACAAUACAGGAAAGUUCACAUGUAUAGAAGUCCGUUUCCAUCUCGAACGUCAGAUGGGCUACUACCUGAUCCAGAUGUACAUACCUAGUCUCCUGAUUGUUAUCCUAUCUUGGGUUUCAUUUUGGAUUAACAUGGAUGCAGCUCCAGCCAGGGUAGCUUUGGGGAUAACAACUGUGCUGACUAUGACCACACAAAGCUCAGGAUCCAGAGCUUCUCUUCCUAAGGUCUCCUAUGUUAAGGCUAUUGACAUCUGGAUGGCAGUAUGUCUCCUCUUUGUGUUCUCAGCACUCCUAGAGUAUGCAGCUGUCAACUUUGUAUCAAGACAACACAAGGAACUAUUGCGAUUCCGUCGGAAAAGAAAGAAGAACAAGACAGAAGCUUUUGCAUUGGAGAAGUUUUACCGUUUCUCAGACACGGACGAUGAGGUAAGGGAAAGUCGGUUCAGUUUUACAGCCUAUGGAAUGGGACCGUGUCUGCAAGCAAAAGAUGGAGUGACCCCAAAGGGGCCAAACAAUCCUGUCCAGAUCACACCAAAAAACUCCGAUGAAAUGAGGAAAGUAUUUAUCGACAGAGCCAAAAAGAUUGAUACCAUUUCCCGGGCCUGCUUCCCAUUAGCCUUUUUGAUUUUCAACAUUUUUUAUUGGGUUAUCUACAAAAUUCUUAGGCAUGAGGAUAUUCAUCAGCAGCAAGAUUAA